AGCCACGAAAGUCAAGUUGGGUUUGUAUUCGUCUAAAUCCGACGCACGUGACUUCGCAUAAAAUCCUGUGCGCUUACAAACGUUGUAAACGAUUGAUUUCAAGACUUUAUAGCCUAUAAACAAUUUAUAGUGUCGUUUGCUUGGCUCCAACACUAAUUACAGACAAAUAGCAGCGAUAAAAAGACAAGUGAAACAUAGUCCCAUGGACUUGAAAUGUUUGCUUUGUGCUGUCAUUACAUGUUCUCCCGUUCUAAAAUAAAACUAAUAUGCAAAUAGCCUAUAUUAAUCUGCCUGUUAAGUAACAUGCAGUAAGAAAACGUAGUAAAAAUAGCACUGGAUAAUGUUUUUUUUAUUAUUAUUAUUAGCAAUUGCUGUAAAAUAUUUGACCAGUUAUUAAUAAUACAAAUGUUUGUAAUUAUUUAACAAUAAUGUAAUUGUUUAAACGCUUGUGGUAAACCCAUAAAACAGCACAAGUUCAUUUUAAAACAGCCUAAGCUGAUGUGGCAUGUUUCGAGAGUAUUUGCCCAUUGUGUGUUUGCGUGAGAGAGGGAGGGGGUGGAUAAAGGAGAGGGGGAGAGAGAGAGAGAGAGAGAGAGAGAGAGAGAGACAGAGAGAGAGAGAGAGAGACUUCGCGCACAAUGGCGGAAAAUUGAAGGUAUAUUUGCGAAAGCCCUGGUUCCUUAUCCGGGGACUACAUCGUCCUAUGCCAUUGGGCCAUUAUAUCACGUGGUAAAAGUAACUUUACAGGGUUGCUCGCUAGUAGGAGGGCUUUAUGGAGCAGAAAAACGACAAAGCUAGAAAAAUUAUUUUCCACUCCAGAAAUUAAUGAUCAUGAGCUCGUAUUUGAUGGACUCUAACUACAUCGAUCCGAAAUUUCCUCCUUGCGAGGAAUAUUCGCAAAAUAGCUACAUUCCCGAACAUAGCCCAGAAUAUUACAGCCGUGCAAGGGACAGUGGCUACCAGAAUCACCACCAGGAGUUAUACCCUCCGCGGGCGAGCUACCAGGAGCGACAGUAUAACUGUGCAAGCAUCCCUGAACCUGAUACUCAAAGAGGACAUGGACUGCCUCACGCGGGGCACCUGCUCGGGAAAGGGCAGUCUGCCUCAUGUGAGCCCCCGCCGUUACCCUUGUCUCCUGCUACCCCUCCGGCUGCAUCCUCCGCCUGCAAUCAAGCCACUCCGGAGCAUCCCAACAGCUCAGCUUCUGCCAAACAACCAGUAGUGUACCCAUGGAUGAAGAAAAUUCACAUCAGCACCGUGAACCCUAAUUACAAUGGAGCGGAACCCAAGCGGUCUAGAACUGCUUACACUCGCCAGCAAGUCUUAGAAUUGGAGAAGGAAUUCCACUAUAAUCGCUACUUAACGAGGCGAAGACGUAUCGAGAUCGCUCAUUCCUUGGUCCUCUCGGAGAGGCAAAUCAAAAUUUGGUUUCAGAACCGCAGGAUGAAGUGGAAAAAAGACCAUAGGCUGCCAAACACCAAAGUCAGAUCCACGUCUUCGACGGGAAUUUCCUCCGGGUCCAACACAAGCUCGACGGCUGGCGUUGUGGCGGCAGCUUCCUCCACCAACACCAUGUCAGCCUCCGAGGAUCUCUCCGGAACCGAGCGUGGCGAGGAUAUUACAAGGAAAGUCGCACGAAAUAGCAAAAGAGUUGAAGAAUGCGGAGGAAAACGCACUCCUCGUUCGGUCGCUUUCACGCACUUUGCAACUCGAGCAGUGAGUGCGCGAGGCUAUUGGAGGAGGGCCUCACGUGACCACCUUGUUUAUCUUUGUUGGCAAACAAUUAAAGACGCGAGACAGCUGUUCUGCAAGCACACAACCUGGCGAAGCAGACAAGCAUGCAACUACACAGUAUGGAGGCCGUAUGUGGAACUUCAAACAACUCUCACAUAGCCGGUGUUCCAUUUCCGCCUUUGAUGUCAGCCGUCGCGCGAACGAAACACCACAGAUGAAUUGCGUGGACCGGGCGGACGGAGACCCUUUUAUGGACAACACUACGGAAAGAGACAAGAAGA